CGGCCCCGACUACCCUCGUUACCGAAGAAGCAGUGGCGGAGCGGAGGGAGAGGAAAGUUUGACGAUCACGACCACCGUCCCUGUCCCGAGCCCGGCGGAUUCUUCGUCAACACCGCGGCGAUAUCGGCGACCGGCCGAUUGUGAAUUUCUACCUGCUGGGAGAGGAGCUGUCGUGAGAGCACCGUAUCAAUGGCGGCGGCCUCGGCGAUGGCGGUGGCGGCGCCUCAGCCGCAUGGGUACCACCAGCCGACGACAGCUGAGGAAGUGAGGACUCUGUGGAUUGGGGACCUGCAGUACUGGGUGGAUGAGUCAUACCUCUACUCCUGCUUCGCUCACACCGGCGAGGUGGUGUCAGUGAAGAUAAUUAGGAACAAAAUUACUGGCCAGCCUGAGGGCUAUGGUUUUGUGGAGUUCGUUUCUCACGCAGCGGCAGAGAGAAUUUUGCAGACAUAUAAUGGGACACAGAUGCCUGGGACAGAGCAGACAUUCAGGUUAAAUUGGGCUUCAUUUGGUAUGGGGGAUAGGCGUGCUGAUGCUGGACCGGAACACUCUAUAUUCGUGGGUGACUUAGCACCCGACGUUACUGAUUACCUGUUGCAAGAAACCUUUCGAGCUCAUUAUUCCUCAGUAAAAGGGGCAAAAGUAGUGACUGAUCCUACUACUGGACGAUCAAAAGGAUAUGGAUUUGUUAAAUUUUCUGAUGAGACCGAAAGAAACCGUGCCAUGUCGGAAAUGAAUGGUGUCUACUGCUCGACUAGGCCGAUGCGCAUCAGUGCAGCCACACCAAAAAAGACAACUUCUAUGCCACAACAAUAUGCUACUAUGAAGGCUAUCUAUCCAGUGACAGCAUAUACAGCUCCCCCACCCCAGGCGCUUCCAGUGGAUACUGAUGUGAACAACACAACAAUAUUUGUUGGUAAUUUGGAUCCAAAUGUUACCGAAGAGGAGUUGAGACAGACAUUUUUGCAGUUUGGAGAGAUCCUAAAUGUCAAGAUUCCCAUGGGAAAAGGAUGUGGUUUUGUGGAAUUUCGAGCAAGAGCAUCUGCUGAAGAAGCUAUACAAAGGCUGCAAGGAGCUACAAUUGGUCAACAAGCAGUUCGUGUUUCUUGGGGAAGGACUCCUGCAGCUAAACAGGAGCAACCUGGUGGGUGGGGUCAGCAGGUAGACCCGAAUCAGUGGAGUGCAUACUAUGCUUAUGGACAGGGCUAUGAUGCUUAUGCUUAUGGGAGUGCUCAAGACCCAUCGUUAUAUGCAUAUGGAGCUUAUGCUGGUUACAUGCAAUACCCGCAACAGGUAGAAGGUGCUCAAGAUAUGACUGGUGCUGCUCCUGCCGGAGACCAAAGGGGUGGAGAGUUGUAUGAUCCGUUGUCUCCUCCAGACGUCGACAAGUUAAAUGCUGCUUACCUCUCGGUUCAUGGGAAUGCCAUUUUAGGCCGGUCACUUUGGCUCAGAAACUCAUCCUUGUCACAAGCUUAGAGAUAUCACCACGGUACCUGCUUCUGACAUUCUGAUUGUCUUCCUGCUGUUGGCUCCUGACCACAAGCUCAGGGAUGUGGCAGAAGAACGGGGCGGGUGUUGCUGCGUUCAUGGGCUGAAAGAGCCAUUUUGGUUAUAUUUUGGACCUUCUUCAUACUGUGUCGAAGACUUCUUUCUUUCUCUGUUCGGGGAGCGUUAGGAAUUCAUGAGACGCUUGUGCUGUACGAAUGCAUUAGGCUUUCCUUGCUCCGGAUUGCGAGUUGUUGUACUAAAACCGUGUUGUUGAGAAGUUAAGGAGAGGCAAUUUCAGGAAA